AUGAUUCACAGAAGGCUCUACAGCCUUGAUUCCCUGUCCCCCGGGCCCGGUCGGCCAACCUUUGCUCCAAACUUGCAGCAGCCCCGUGCAGAGAGGACGUCCCCUUCCUCAGCACUCGCGCACAGGAACCUGUCUGCUGUGGCUCUAAAGGGCCAAUGUCGUCCUCUGUGCUUUUAUGAUUUCUUGGAUCUCGGUGAAGUUGAGGACAAUGUACGUCAAGCUCGCACAUGUAAGAAGUCCCGACGCUUCAUAGUGGACCCAGAGUUGGCGAAGCUGGUAGCACAGCACCUUGGACCUGACCUACACAGUGCCAAGACUGUUGUCAUUGAAUGUAACCCAGGCCCUGGGGUGUUGACUAAGACCCUCAUCAAUGCUGGAGCUCAAAGAGUUGUAGCUCUUGAGUCAGAGAAAACCUUCCUUAAUGAUCUGCAGGCAUUGGAAGGCCUUCUUGAUGGUCAGCUGGAAGUGAUUCACUGUGACUUCUUCAGACUAGACCCUGUCUGGGGUGGAAGCGACAAGCCACCGGUCAUGUUCACUGACAAACUCUUCACUGACCUCGGAAUAACAGAGGCCAACUGGAUGGAUGACUUUCCAUUGAAGGUUGUGGGCAUCGUGCCACAGCGUAAUGAGCGUGCCACCCUGCUGAAGUUAGCUUAUGCCCUGUUUGAACGGCUGUCCGUUUACAGAUACGGAAGAAUAGAGCUCAACCUCUUUCUGAGUGAACGUGAAUACAUGACCAUGGUGGCACCUCCUGGUCAAAUGAGGCACUACAGAGCCCUCAGUGUCCUCUGGCAGAUGUCCUGUCAUAUUGAACUCCUUCACAAGCUUCCCAAUGAUCACAUGUGCCUGGUUCGUCUGCGUCCACGGGCCGACCUAUUCUCUGCCGGCCUCACACCCGCAAACGCCUCCACCCUGAUGGUUAUGGUCAAACAGUGUUUGGCAAAGAGGAAGGAGAAGCUUAUUAACAAGCUUAAUAUCUGGUCACCCGACAGUGGGAGUAAAUUGCUGUCUGAGAUGGGACUUCCGGAAGAUAUCCUCACAGGUCACGUUUAUCCUGGGCAAUAUCUCCAGCUGUUCCAGUUAAUGGACAAGAGCCGGGAGUUCACUCAGAGCUGGCUUUAUGAAGAGAUCAUGGAGAACAUUGAGAAAGAGGGGUGGGGCUGA